UCUAUGAGUUGGUAAACAAACUGGAAGGGUGCAUACUACCACUUUGAGUGUGUUGUUUGAACAGGUAUAAAGCCAAGGUUGGCCGAUUUAUUGCCACUGGAGUUAUACUUCAUUGGCUGAACCCUCCUGGUGACCUGGAUGGAAUUAUGUGAUCCUUCCUUAACCAAUAGGAAGUCCCACCCAGUUGACUACUUMAAAAUGGCGAAAGUCCUCUAAAACKRGCUUUUGGGAAAUGGAGUCCUCUAUGUAUCUCUAUGCUCCCUCAUCAGAACAAUGGGGCCGGGGUAAUUGUAUCACCUCUGGGUAAAACACUCGGGUUAGUAGACGAUUACACCACUCCUGUUACGAUAUAUCUACCUCGUUAAAGGUKUGCCUAUACAUGAGAGAAUUCUGUUUUCAUCGAGUGAAAAGCGCGCCAGACCGGUGCGUCAACUGCGAAGGAAAUAUCGAGUUGCAGUUCGUGACUGACAGCGGCAGCUGAAUCUUCUCAUGAGACCUGGGCGGCUAUGGUGGUGUCCCUGCCUAACCGAUGUGAGGAGCACACAUACUUUUAGAAACUCGAUGACAGCACAACACUCUCUCCUGCGAGCUGCUGUCAUUCGGAAGAGUACUGUCACUGGAGGUUGACCUUCGACUAGAAGACACAGUUGAGAAAAGGAAUUCCUUAGCCUAUAUAUUUCAUCAAGAUAAGAGGUAGCUAAUCUUCGUAAUCCAAAGCAAGUGRUUAGGGGGUGACUAGUAGGCUAUGGGAGCAUUAUGCUUUCCCGAAAAGGACUGAUCCCGGACGACUACUUGCUGACCCGCUUGGCUGAGGAUGUCCAGCAGCCUAAAUUCAAGGCGUCAAAAGCGCGGAAGGCUCGGUUCGUCGCCAAAAACGGAACMUGUAAUGUGGCCCACACGAACAUUCGCGAACAGGGACGGUUCCUACAGGAUGUUUUCACCACUUUAGUGGAUCUAAAAUGGCUUCACUUACUUAUMAUUUUCACUAUGUCAUUUCUGUGCAGCUGGCUGCUGUUUGCAAUGGUUUGGUGGCUCAUUGCCUUUGCGCACGGCGACCUGGAUCAAAAGGGUGACGACUUUGUCCCGUGCGUGACGGACAUCCACUCCUUCUCCUCUGCGUUUCUUUUCUCCAUAGAGGUACAGGUGACCAUCGGGUUCGGGGGGCGCAUGGUCACAGAGGAAUGCUUGUCUGCCAUWGUGGUCCUYAUCAUUCAGAACAUCGUGGGCUUGYUGAUUAACGCCAUMAUGCUGGGGUGUAUCUUUAUGAAGACGGCCCAGGCCAACCGGCGCGCCGAAACGCUGAUCUUCAGCAAGCACGCCGUCAUCUCCAUCCGAAAUAACAAACUGUGCUUUAUGAUCCGUUUAGGGGACCUGCGGAAGAGCAUGAUCAUUAGUGCCACCGUGCGGAUGCAGGUGGUAAGGCGCAGCACCACUUCGGAGGGCGACGUGGUCCCCCUGGACCAGAUAGACAUUCACAUGGACAACCCCGUGGGGACCAACGGUAUUUUCCUGGUGGUCCCUCUCAUCAUAUGCCACGUUAUUGACAAAGACAGCCCGCUCUACGAGCUAUCGCCAGCGGAUUUACAAAAUAAUGAUAUCGAGGUGGUAGUGGUGCUGGAGGGGGUGGUGGAGACCACGGGUAUAACCACCCAGGCCCGUACAUCCUACCUGUCUGAGGAGAUACUGUGGGGGCAGCGCUUUGUGCCCACUAUMUCCGAGGAGGAGGGCAUGUAUGCGGUGGACUAUUCUAAAUUCGGUAACACAGUUAGAGUAGCGACACCCAGCUGCAGUGCCAAGAAACUGGAUGAGAAGGGAGGCAUCGCCAGGUUUAAACUGCACGAGCACGCUACCCCGCGGCCGUCGGUGAGAAGGCGGCGGCUCUCACUGCGCAUGAAGCAAUACAGCACCAUCAGCCCGCUAGCCUAAAUAGCCCACUUUUACAGGUAUAAAGGAGUUGCCAUUGCAUUUUGUAUAUGAAAGUAAUAGAUUUUUAUUACCUAUUGAAUUUUAAUGGAUCUUUUUGUAAUACUACAGAAAUGAAAUGUUUAUUAUGUCCUAGCAGUGUUAUUAUUCUGUUCCAUGGUACCCGAAGGGUGUGCAGGCCUUUUUUCUUGCCCAGUCCUAACACCUGCUUCAACCAAGGACGUGAUUAGCAGUAGCGUGCAUCAUGGGUAAAAAUCACUGCGGAAGCCAGAAAAAAAGAUCGAUAACCUGCUAGUUCAUAUGCCYUGMGACCGUGAUAUAGGCCUAARGAAAGGAAAGGGGGAUACCUAGUCAGUUGUYCAACUGAAUGUAUUCAACUGAAAUGUGUCUUACGCAUUUAAACCAACC